AUGGAGAUAUCUGAAUCUUUGAACAAGAACUUCUGGCAAAAGGCCUUCCAGGGCCCUAGCCAAAACGUCUCGUGUGUACGACAUGCAGUCAUGGCUCUUGGCGCCGUCCAUUGGCAAUUCACAACAUGCGACCACGACAAGCCAUCAAGUCUUGAAGCUUUUACCCUGUCGCACUACAAUGAUGCCAUAUCUGGUCUGAUACACGGAAGAGGCACCGCGAACGAUGCCCAAACCGAUCUAGUCACUAUCCUGACAUGUUGCGUCUUGUUUGCCAUUCUCGAGAGCCUACGCGGCAACUUCAGCGAAGCGAUUCGGCACAUCAAGUCUGGAACAGAACUCAUUGCGAACCACAAACCCAGCACAUACCUACCUAACCAUGAUAUUGAGGAACUGGCAGCUAUAUUCCACGCCAUUGGCAGCCAAGUCGGCCUCUUCUCCCCAAACCGUAUAUUCGCAAACAUGACGCCAUUCAUGGCCCCGAAAAAGAAGUACAACAAACCUGCUGGAAAGCUUCGGGAUCUCGUCGAGGCGGAAGAUGUGUUGAACACGUUUGAUGAUGUCGUCACGCACAUCUCAUGGGACUUGGAGCAGGAUCGGGACCAUAACAACUCCGAGUGCGAAAAGCAAUGGGCAAUAUUACGACAACGAUUGCGAGUAUGGGAUAUACAAUUCCAGGCCAUGGUGAAGUACCUAGUAGGCACAGCCGAAUACACAAGGAACCUAGAAAGAAUUGUCAAUCUGAAAAUCCAGUACAAACUCUGGGAGUUGCUACUAGCAGAGGAAAGCCCUGCAUUCGAUUGCGACAACCAGCCCACUGGAAAUCUCGACGCUGUAGAAUGCAGUCUCCUCCUCGACGACCUCGAUCGCUUGUGGACCCCUUCUGCUACUACCAAACUCACCAUCAUCAUGGUAUUCAUUUCGCCUCCCUUCGAUGUCACAUGCCUCACAGCAUAUAUUGUGGCUCCGUUGAACGACAACAAUCUCGCGAAAGUCAAGACAGAAUUUGAACUCGGCGCCUGCUCUCGAUUCCAGCCAUUGCUUGAGCUCAAGAUCACAAAACCUCCCGCUGAUUACAUCGGCAAAUCCCAUCAAUAUAUGCGCGCCAAAGAGAACGAAGCAGGCCGAAAAUCCCCAUUCGUCGUCAUUGACGAAGAUGCAGUGAAGAGGAGUGCAGUCUGGUACGUGGAUGCCUUUGCCGACGACGAAAUGGUGGAAGAGGGGCAAGCAGAAAGUACGCAAGUGGUCGUGAAGCUCCUUGUGAAGACGGAAUGCCUGGCUCUGACGUACAUAAACUACGAGAUUGCCAAUAUCGACAUCGACGAGGAUCUGGACAAUGCUGAAGUGGAGCGACCGUUGAAGAAUGAUUUCUUCCAGCCCUUGGUGUCGGAUUGCGGUGGAAUGGAUAUGAGAGAGCAACAGCGUGAUCAAGACGUGGAAGUGACGGCUGAACCGGGAGAAUUCGAGGAGACUAGGGAGAAAGCUCUGCUUGAGAACUUCUCUCCCCAGCCAGAUAAACUCGGGAAGCUCAAGGACGAGGUUGCGCGGGCUGCUGGUCUACUCGCAGCGUGGACCUUUAUUGAUGAGGCGCAGCCGGUGGAUAUGCCUGAUGGCUCACAGAAGACGUUUCCAGCAGGAAGUGUUGUGCUUCAGCAGAAGUACGAUCCAGAUUUCCCGUGGCCGGAGUACAAGUGGCCAGAGGGUUCAUUGUAG